AUGCGGACCCCUACGGCAUUGCGGACUAUUAGGCUCGUGCAGCGGCGCGGCUUUGCGACGACGCCGCGGCGGCUGGAGAGCUAUGGCUUCAUCGGCCUCGGGCAGAUGGGCUACCAAAUGGCCAAGAACCUGCAGUCGAAGCUGAGUCCCAAGGAUGAGAUCCGCAUCUUCGACAUCAACAAGGCCGCCGUCUCGAAGCUGGCCGAGGAGAUGGGGCAGUCACAGGCCGGCGGCGCAAAGGUUGCCGUCGUCGAGACGGCGAGAGACGCCUCGACGGAAGCUGACACCGUCAUCACCGUGCUCCCCGAGCCGUCCCACGUGAAAUCCGUCUACGCGUCCAUCCUCGACGGCCUGCCGCCGAGGAAGCGCAUCUUCAUCGACUGCUCCACCAUCGACCCCUCGUCGUCGCGCAAGGUCGCCGCCUCCGUCGCGGCGGCCCAGCCCGAAGGCCAGGGCGUCUUCGUCGACGCCCCCAUGUCGGGCGGUGUCGUCGGCGCCACGGCGGGGACCCUGACCUUCAUGCUCGGCUGCGACGCAUCGCACCUCGCUGCCGUCGAGCCCACGCUGUUGCGCAUGGGCCGCCGCGUGCUGCACUGCGGGCCCCAGGGGACGGGCCUGUCGGCCAAGCUGGCCAAUAACUACCUGCUCGCCAUCAACAACAUCGCCACCGCCGAGGCCAUGAACCUCGGCAUGCGGUGGGGGCUGGACCCCAAGGUCCUCGCCGGCGUCAUCAACGUCAGCACCGGCAAGUGCUGGCCAAGCGAGGUAAACAACCCCGUCAAGGGCGUCGUCGAGGGCAGCCCCGCGGGAGGGAUUACAAGGGCGGCUUCGGCAUCGGGCUGA